AUGGAUCUAGUUCAGAUUUUUCUCCUCUCUAUUGUUUCUCUCUGUUCUUUUUCCUACAUAUUAAUCAAGUCUUUGUUUAUUCCUAAGAACAAAAAACGUUUGCCACCUAUGGCCGCAGGAGCAUGGCCGAUUAUAGGCCAUUUAAGGGCCUUUGACAACGGACAGCCGACUCACGUUACGCUUGCCGACCUAUCUGACGUGUACGGACCAGUGUUCAUGACUAAAGUUGGCUCUGUGAACACCCUUAUCAUAAACAACCAAGAAAUCGCCGAAGAGAUCUACACUGUCCACGACAAGGUCUUAAACCAGCCAGCUGUCACUGCGUCUAAGCUUCUGUGCUACAACGACUUGUCCUUGUCGUUUAGCACUGAUAUUUCUUAUUGGGGAGAGAUGCGUAAACUAGCUGUAUCUGAGAUUCUGUGUCCCUCAGUCAUUGACAUGCACAUGCAUAUCAGAGCCAGAGAGGUUGAUGUAGCGUUCAUAGAGUUGUACCGUAGAUGGGAGCAGAAGGGUGAGUCUCAAAAAGGAUUGUUGGUGGAUAUAGGGCAAGAGUUGCAUGAUCUAACCAAAAAUAUCUCGCUGAUGACGAUCGUGGGGAAGAAAUAUUACGGAAAAAGCCUUAACUGCGAGAUCCAAGAGGCGAUGAGAUGUAGGAAGCUGUUACAAGACUGUACUGAUUACAUGGGGAUCUUUUUGUUUUCGGAUUUCAUACCGCCUCUUGGUUGGUUGGAGUGGAGGAUUAAGAGGGACAUGAAGAAAACGGGUAGUGAGAUCGAUGAAGUUCUCGAAGCUUGGGUUGAUGAGCACAAGAAGAAGAGGAAGGAUUCUGGUGAGGGCUUUGAAAAGACUUUCUUGGAUCUACUCAUCGACAUAUUUGAACAACAAAAGACCCUGCCUCUUGAUGAUGCUCAUACAACAACCAAGGCCAUCUGCCUUAACUUGGUUAUGUCAGGGAGUGCUACGACCAUUGCGGUUCUUGUUUGGGCCGUUUCGCUACUCGUCAACAACCCGCACGCGUUGAGGAAAGCUCAGGAGGAGCUUAACCGGACAACUGGAAAAGAUAGAUUCGUGGAAGAGUCCGACCUCAAAGAUUUGGUUUACCUUCAAGCAGUUAUAAAGGAGACCCUCCGUUUAUACCCACCAGUCACUCUCGUCGCUUAUAGAGAUGUGACGGAAGCUUUCGACAUUGCUAAUGGAAAGUUUCAUGUUCCUGCAGGGACACAGCUGCUCGUAAAUGCGUGGAAAAUUCAUAGGGAUCCGAGUCUUUGGUCCAAUACCGAAAGCUUUGAGCCAGAGAGGUUCUUGACAGUAAAUAGAAAAGUAUAUAUCAGUGGGCGGAAUUACAAGCUGUUGCCAUUCGGGUUGGGACGGAAGGCGUGCCCUGCAAUCCCCCUUGGCCUGAGGAUGGUGCAAUAUAUCCUGGCAAGGUUAUUACAAAGCUUCGAUGUGGUAAGACCAUCAAGCCAAGAAGUGGAUAUGACCGAAAACAGUGGGUUGCUCAAUCUUAAAGCCACUCCUCUUGAAGUUUUCAUCACUCCUAGGCUUCGUAAAUCUCUCUACAAAAUGGAUCGUGUAGGGCUUGAUUAGUACUAAAAUAUUGA